GCCAGAACUCAAGGACAGGAUUGAUAAUCAAAACCACAUCGCAUGCUCUAUCAUUACCUUGGACCAAGAGCAGAGAUAUCCUCAUCCCUUUCAGUCACCAAGAACUUGCUGAGAUGAUUCUGGCAGCUUAACGCUUCAACCUUUCCAGUAAUGCGUUUUUAUUAUCUACUGAGCCCAUCGAACCUCAUCGGGGGUUCACAUGCAUCACAUCACGUUUAAGCAAGGACAUGUUCUGAAUCACCAGUGCACUACAGCCAACUGAAACGCAUUCAUGAUGGCGUCCCCGGACCAACUUUCAACCCUUCCCCUCGAAGUCCGGACCGCCUUAACCACCCACUCCUCUGACGGCAUCCCCUUCCGCGCCCGCACCGCCUAUACCCACCGCACCUGGGCGCGCACCUUCAGCUGCCUCCCCGAGCUCUUCAUCCAGCCGCACACCCUGCCCGAGAUCGAAAAAGCCGUCAACCUCGCGCGGCAAUGCCGCCGCCGCCUCGUCACCGUCGGCUCGGGCCACUCCCCCUCCGACCUGACCUGCACCUCGUCCUGGAUGCUCAACCUGGACCGCUUCGAUCGCGUGCUGUCGGUCGACCGGGCCACGGGCCUGUGCACCGUCGAGGCGGGCAUCCGGCUCUACCAGCUCAGCGCGGCGCUGGACGAGGCCGGGCUGGCGCUGCCCAGUCUGGGGAGUAUCAACGAGCAGAGCAUCGCGGGUGCCAUCUCCACGGGGACGCAUGGGAGUAGCUUGCGGCAUGGGUUGAUCAGUGAGUGUUGUAUCGCGCUGAAGGUGACGCUGGCAGAUGGCGAGACGAUGGCGUGCUCGGCGGAAGAGAAUCCGGAGCUGUUCCGAGCCGCGCUGUUAUCGGUUGGUGCGCUGGGAAUUAUCAGUGAGGUGACGCUGAAGGCAGUGCCGGCCUUCUCGCUGGCGUGGAGCCAGACGAUUGAUUGGGACGCGAGGUUAUUCGAGGAGUGGGAUACUGUGCUGUGGACGCAGGCCGAAUUUGUGCGGGUGUGGUGGUUUCCGUACAUGCGGAGGGCAGUGGUAUGGAAGGCGGACAAGGCGACCAACGACCAGGUUGAGGCGGGGAGGGUGAUGCAUUCUCAGCCGCCGACCGCCUUUCUGGACAGCAAGCUGGGGUAUUUUGUGUACCAGAACCUCCUGGCGCUAGCGCGCUGGUUCCCCCGGAUCACCCCUUGGAUCGAGUCGUUUGUAUUCGGCCUGAACUACGGCUUCCGAAACGGCGAGAGCACGCGUGUUAGCGGUUGCCAGGAGAGCCACAAGGCUUUCCUGCUGAACUGCCUCUACAGCCAGUUCGUCAACGAAUGGGCGAUCCCACUGCGCAGGGGACCGGAGGCGCUCCAACGUUUGGGUGCUUGGCUCAACCGCCUCACGCCGGGCGAUCCAGGCUAUGUUGACCACCGCAUCCCGUUCAGCGCCGAGGGACUGUGGGUGCACAGCCCGAUCGAGGUCCGCGUCAGCGACACGACGGUGAAAUCGAGCGCCGCCAAGGGCAACCGCCCUUACCUGGACAUCACCCCCGGCGACGGUCCGGCGUUGUACCUCAACGCCACCAUGUACCGACCCUACUACCGCGACCCGACGCACGAGGCCACGGAGCGGUACUACGAGGCCUUUGAAUGGCUCAUGCGCGAUCUCGGCGGCAAACCGCACUGGGCCAAGGCAUUCACAGUCACUCCGGACGAGUUUGCGGCAUGGUACGGGAACGACUGGACGCGGUUCUGCAAGGUACGAAACGAGGCUGAUCCUGACGGCAUGUUCGUUGGGCCGUGGCACCGCAGGUAUCUUCUCGGUGCAGCAUCGGCGAAUGGAGAGGGGAAGGGACAGCUUCUUCCCCUAGAGGAAAUUGGCUUUGUGCGCGAGAAGGCGAAGGGAGGUGGCUUUCGCGUGCUUGGUAACCAGAACCCUGUCGUGCCGUCGUAGAGGAUCGGCGAGAUUCUGGGGCCGGCAGAAAAUCUGUUGGAGGAGGGGUGGAGUUGUCGGUUUGGAGACUCGGACGCCCGCCCCGUAUUCAUGCUUGAUUGGCCGUUAUUACUAUCCGAGCAUCCACGGCAAGUUUAGCGUGGAAGGUUGUCAUCUCAGAUGCUUAUCUAAAGCGUUGGGUGCUUCUUGGUCUGCGUUAUAUGGGUUUCACUAGCUCACUCUGAUCAUUAGGGUCAAUGCAAGGCAGCGGAUAGGCAUUGCUACCCAUGGUUUCGCUGUCUAACUGUAGGCAUAAUGAAUCACCGAAUCAUCCAAUUCCGUCUGUAUAUAAUCCUGUUCUCCACCCCUCUCU